AGCGAUCAUCGACAGUCCACAGUCCACUAAAAACAAACCCAAAGAUACUAGUAGUAGGAUCGGUUGACCAUGUUCACCAACCAGUCUGCGGAACUCUCGUUGAAUGCUCCUUGCAAGUCUGUGACGGCAGUGAAAGCAGAUCGCUUAGAGUCUCGAUUUCUGCUGGGUGGAUGUUGCAUUCCCGACGACAGUGCCAAUCGGAUCCAUGUGGUGCGCUACCAUUCCGACGUCAAUGUGGUUGGUCUGGAUGCCUCGUUGCAUCAUCCCACGGGUCCUAUCGAGCGCUUGGUGGCCAGUCCCAAUGAUCGGACAUUGGUCUUGACAUUGGCCGAGCGAUCUAACGCUGUCACUCUGUACAGGUUGCCGAAUUCCGUCAUGGAGAACUCCAAUGAUUUGAUGAUGGAUUCCGAGACGACAACAUCGGCCACGGACUAUGCCACCAGUUACAGUGAUUCCUACCGUCAAGAUUCGAGUCAUCACACAUACGACUCUGGCAGUUCCAGCUCGGGAGUAUUGGAAUCGAAAGUGGCACUCGAAUCCGACGCACAAAUGCUCGAUAUGACGUGGAGAGCCAACAGUAUGGAUCUAGAUGAUCCUCCCGGAAUGCUCGCCUCCAGCACACCCGGGGAUGUCUUGACAUUGGAUGCGGCUGGCAACGUGCAGCAGUGGGAUUUAUCCAUGGGUAUGGCCGAAUCCAUGCACGCCAUUUCCGCUGGUGACAAUAAUACAAAAACACUCCCCGUUGGCUGCAUUCCCCGCGUUGUGUGGGAUCCGCAUCAUGGCUCCCAAUUGGCCGUCAGUUGGGGACGCGCCGUCCAAUUCCUCGAUCUCCGAACUGCCAUUGGAAUUGCCGAUGAUUUUGGCAAGGGCAUGAACAUGACCCGAGCGCAUCGCUACGGUGUGACCGACGUCGAUUACAAUCCCAACAAACCAUUCACAUUGGCCACCAGUGGAUUGGAUGGAGUCGUUCAGUUCUGGGAUACACGCAAUACACGACGUCCCAUCAUGACGGCGCGAGGAGGACAUUCCCAUUAUGCCUGGCAAGUUUCCUACAAUCCAUUUCAUGACCAGCUGCUGCUGUCCACUGGGACUGACGCCAUUGCCAAUCUAUGGCGUGUGUCGUCCAUUAGCAGUGCUCCCUUGCUGACCUUGGAAGCGGAAAACAAUCCCAUGCCAGACGAUACCAUGGAGUCGUCGGAUGCUCCCAAUGUCCGAGUGGCCCGGCAUGAAGCCAGUGAGUCAAUCUACGCGGCUACAUGGAGUGCGGCUGAUGCCUGGAUGUACAUGACGGUGGCAUACGAUGGACGGUUGGCGUUGCAUCAUGUCCCCAGCAAGGAAAAAUACAAGAUUUUGUUGUAGAAUGGAGCGAGUAUACUAGUAGAAGAGAUGCUCUUGCAAUGCCAUUUUUAAAAAUACAUUAUAGUUGCGGCAACACGAAAGUUGACGGUCGUACCACAAGGCUAAUUGUUUGCUUUUUGGUUUUAAUAGUACAUUAUCUGAUUCGUUC